UGGCAUGGGACUGCCUGGUGGUCUGUGAUGAGGCGUUGGAACCCCCUUCUUUCCCAGGUCCCAUAGUUUGGCUGGGAGGAGCCCGCUGCCGCCCCCCUUCCAGCUGCCUAUUUCCCUCAUUACACAGCACACUCCAGUCAUUCUCUCUGCUGCUGCUUCUCUAGGAGAGGACAAUGCCUUGGGGCUGUCUUCAGUCGCAUCUCUUGGUAUUACUAUCCAGUUCUCUAAUUCUGAUAUCUCAGCUUUCCAGAGCCGCUGACACCGUCAUUCCUGCAGAUAAAUUAUUGGUGUUAACUGUUGCAACACGAGAAACCGAUGGCUUCCACCGUUUUAUGCAAUCUGCGAAGCACUUUAACUACACUGUGAAGGUUCUUGGCAACGGUUUAGACUGGAAAGGUGGAGAUGUGGCAAAUUCAAUAGGUGGUGGCCAGAAAGUCAGUUUUUUAAAGGAGGCUUUGGAAUCCAUUGCUGAGCAAGAUGAUCUCAUUGUUCUUUUCACAGACAGUUAUGAUGUUAUCUUUGCCGGUGGCCCAGAAGAAUUACUUAAAAAGUUUCAGCAAUUAAACCAUAAGGUUGUAUUUUCUGCAGAGGCAUUGAUAUGGCCUGAUAAGCGAUUAGCUGACAAGUACCCUGUGGUACGCAGUGGCAAACGAUUUCUUAACUCAGGAGGAUUUAUUGGAUAUUUAUCAAAUGUCAAAAAAAUUGUUCAGCAAUGGACGUUACAAGAUAUUGACGAUGAUCAACUUUUCUACACCAAAAUUUACAUUAACCAGCUUCAAAGGGAACACAUCAACAUCACCUUGGAUCACAAAUCUGGAAUUUUCCAAAAUCUAAAUGGAGCAGUUGAUGAAGUUGUAUUAUAUUUUGAAAAUGGGAAAGCAAGAGCACAGAAUACUCAGUAUGAUACCUUACCAGUUCUUGUACAUGGAAAUGGUCCAACAAAGAUACUGCUAAACUAUUUUGGAAAUUAUAUACCGAAUAUUUGGACACCUGAAACUGGAUGUGGGACAUGCGAAAUGGACACUAUAGAUUUAUCAACACUCGAGGAAUAUCCAAGGAUAACAGUUGGAGUUUUUAUUGAGCAGGCCACUCCCUUCCUGCCAGAGUUCUUCACUAGAUUGUUGGCACUGGAUUAUCCCCAGGAGAAACUCUCUCUCUUUAUUCAUAACAGUGAGGUGUAUCAUGAGAAACAUGUUCAGACAUUCUGGAAAGAAGCCAAAACAGUCAUUAAGAACCUAAAAGUAGUGGGACCCGAAGAAAUUAUUACUCAAGCAGAAGCAAGAAACAUGGGAAUGGACAUUUGUCGGCAGGAUAAGCAAUGUGACUAUUACUUUAGUUUAGAUGCUGAUGUGGCGUUGACAAAUCCAAAGACUUUAAAGCUGCUUAUUGAACAAAACAGAAAAAUAAUUGCUCCUCUUGUGACACGACAUGGAAAAUUAUGGUCAAACUUUUGGGGUGCUUUGAGUCCUGAUGGCUACUAUGCAAGAUCAGAGGAUUACAUAGAUAUUGUGCAAGGCAAUAGAGUUGGUGUAUGGAACAUUCCGUAUAUGGCCAAUGUAUACCUGAUAAAAGGACAAACUCUUCGGUCAGAGUUAAAGGAGAAAAACAAUUUCAUCCUCGAUAGACUGGAUCCUGAUAUGGCAUUAUGUAGAAGUGCUAGGGAAAUGAGUUUACAAAGAGAAAGAGACUCCCCAUCUUCGGAAACUUUCCAUAUGUUCAGACCCCCAAAGGGUGUUUUCAUGUACAUUACCAACCGUCAUGAAUUUGGAAGACUUCUUUCACUUGCAAAUUACAAUAUAAGUCACUUUAACAAUGACCUCUGGCAAAUAUUUGAAAAUCCAGUGGACUGGAAGCUUAAAUAUAUUCAUGCUAAUUACUCCAGGAUCUUUACUGAAGACUUUGUUGAGCAGCCUUGCCCAGAUGUGUUUUGGUUUCCAGUUCUAUCAGAGCAGGCUUGUGAUGAAAUUGUACAAGAGAUGGAGCACUAUGGACAGUGGUCUGGAUCCAGAAAUUCUGAUAAACGUAUUGCUGGUGGGUAUGAAAAUGUUCCUACAGAUGAUAUUCACAUGAGCCAGAUUGGGAUGGACACAGAAUGGCUUCACUUCAUUCGAGAAUACAUUGCUCCAAUAACACUGAAAGUCUUUGCUGGCUAUUACACAAAGGGACAUGCAUUGCUUAAUUUCGUUGUCAAAUAUACUCCAAAUCGACAGUCUUACUUGAGACCUCACCAUGAUGCUUCAACUUUUACAAUCAACAUAGCACUCAACAAAAAGGACACAGAUUUUCAGGGUGGAGGAUGUAGAUUUACCAGGUAUAACUGCUCUAUUGAUUCCCCAAGGAAAGGCUGGAGCUUCAUGCACCCAGGUCGACUCACACACCUACAUGAGGGACUUCCCGUUACCAAUGGCACCAGAUAUAUUGCAGUGUCUUUUAUUGAUCCUUAAAUGUUAUCAGCUCUUUGACCUACCAGCAAAGCCUUGGCCUUUUUCUGAUAAUUUUUAUUUAUAGAAGUUUUUUCAGAUGAGAGUAUUUACUACUGUUUUAAUUUAAAAAGGGGGUUUUCAUGUGCCAACAAAAUAUGCAAAUUGUAAUAUAAUGUAAAGUAAACCCAUAUGUUUUUUUUACAGAUCCCUAGUGUCCAUAAAUAAAAUGGACAUUUAUUAUCAGUGCAGAUGACCAAUUUUGAAACAUUAAAUAUUUUUGUAAAAAUAGUGUAAAGAUACCUCACAUUUCCAUUUUGCUAAUUUUCUAGCAAAUCAUUUGAUCGUAUCUGCAGACCUUAUGUUAUAGGCUUUCAAAGAGGGAAGGAGGCAAGUGCCACCCAAAUAACCACUCCUGAAUCUGCAAAUUUAUGCAAAAAAUUUCCAUAUCCAUAUGUGUAUUUUUUUUAUUAAACUUUUUCCAAGCCUAUAAAACCUAAUAUACACCUGAAGUUACAGUAAUAAUCCAGAACUAAUGGACCAGAAUAUUAAUAGGAUGCAUACAUGACUAUAUGUAACUCAUUGAACUUUUAAAAAUCAUAUCCAUUCCACUUAAACUGACACAAAUUUUUAUCACACACAAUUGAUAGAAGAAUGUCUUAAAUGUUAUUUCUAAAAUGUAUGUAAUUCAGAAGUGUUACUUAGUCUUUUUUUAUAUUUUAGGGAGACCUAAAGGCUAUGUGCAUACUUGGGGGCAUUUUAUUAAUAAUUGCAUUGUAUUCAUUUUGAGCUAAAAAAAUAUAUUUUUUAAUUGGUCUUUAUUAAAAAUGUUGAGCCCUAUUCUCUGUACAGCCUUGAGAUUCUCUAGCAGCAUGCUGUCUGUUUUCACUCUGUUCCAUAAAGCAGCUCUGA